AUGAGUCACGGCACAACGUCCAGUGAAUCGUUUUCGACUCUUUCAGAAGGCCUGAUCCAUCUUCAGAUCAACGCUUAUGACUUUUAUCAAGAAGUCCCUGGUGAUUUCGACCGUCAUCGGGGAAAUAGUCUUCCAGGCGCCAAAUAUGAUGCUGUUCCUGUUAUCAGGAUCUAUGGCUCACUCCCGACAGGCCACAAUGUGCUUUGCCACAUUCACGGCGUGUUCCCUUACGUGUUUGUUCCAUAUGAUGGUCGAGAACACGAUACGCUUAGGACAAUGAACACGCGCUGCUCAACGCUACAUACCAAUCUAGAAGAGAAACUUAAGGCGACGUACGCUCGCAAACCCAACGAUAGUCCAAUAAGUAAUACCGACAAUUCCGAGACAUUGAAAUAUAUAGCGGACGUUUCUCUUGUAAAAGCAGUGAACUUUUACGGCUACCAUAGUGGAUAUUCUGCCUUUUAUAAAAUCUCGCUGCUAAGUCAGUCUUUCACAGGAAAGCUUUCCGAUUUACUAAGGGAGGGAAAGGCUACGGGACGCAAAUGUCAGGUUUUCGAAGCCCAUAUACCCUAUCUGCUGCAGUUUUCUACGGAUUUCAAUCUGUUCGGGUGCGCAUGGCUAAAGCUUGAAAAGUGCUAUUUCAGGACACCACUUUUGAAUCCAGACUUUGCGCAAGAUACACUUUUGAUGAACAAUGCCCUUGAAGAAUUUUUGGCAAGGUUUUAUCAUGGAGAGAGGAAUGAGGCGGGAGGUAGAUCUCAACGUGUGGGAAACAGUCUUCUGGAAAUAGACAUAGUCCCUCAGUUCAUCAAAAAUCGUGACGAAGUUACAUUCAAGGAUUUUCAUAGUUCUGUGUUCGAAAGAUCUCAGAAUCAAGGUAAGGAAACGCUAUUCAUUCCAUCUAUAAAGGAACUUUGGAAUCAAACGUCUUUCUUGCGCAAAGAAUUUGGUCUCGAUGUUUACGAACCAAUUGUUGAAGGAGAGCGGUCAGAUGAACCACAAAAAUGGCAAAACCGCGAUGAGAACAUGUUGUUUUUCCAGAAAGCCAAAGAACGGAUGUCUCUCCGCAACAAGUUGCCUCGAAGCGAUUCCAGCUCUAGGGCACUCGAACAAAUAGACUUUCCAAAUUCGGCUUUGAAGUCAUUGUGGCCAUCAAUAGAAUCGAGCGAAGAAAGCUAUCCGAAUACUUCGCCCGUACAGCUCGAAAUUGCUAACAGCUUACCUCCUUCUCCGUGCUCUUCAUUAGAUGAAAAUCCUGGCUCCUCAGUAGAAUCUGAUGUUGUUUCAAAUAACGAAGAUCCAGCCGAACUCGAAUCCAAUGAGCAGGAUCAUUUUCAAGAUAGCCAAAAUUCGAGAAACUCAACUAAUGGCCGAAAUCAGUCUCCCGUUCUGAAUUUAUUUAGCGACCGUGCGUUGACACAGGUGAUGAUGCAUAAGAGAAGCACUAAUAAUGAUACUCAUAACAUUCACUUGCCCGUUAAAGUUCGAAAGCUGACACCUGGUUCUUUAAACAUUUCCUGUUUGCCAAAUUCCUACAGAUAUCGAGAUUUCCAGCUUAGCCAUACUUCAAUUCUCCGAGAUCUGGAAAAUCAAGGAUAUCCAAAGACGGACUACAGGGAUCCAUAUUUCACUAAUCCUGAAGAUCUUAAAAAGAAAGACUACAUUUAUUCGGGACGUAAAUUUAAUCUAAAGUCAACCCACUUAUCGUGCAGGCGACCGGUUGAUUUUAGUGGCGAAACAAUCCGUUUGGAUUCAGAAAAUUAUUCUGAGCUGGAAAAUACAUCUUGGAAAUAUAUCCCAAACCCUCCAAACUAUGCUUCAGUAAAGGCAUACACCAUGUCCAGGAAACGAAAAUUCCGCUCUCAGAUUGAUUUCAAGACUUUAAGCAACGAGUUUGGUUACAAAUUUAAAAGUAAUAAUUCUCUGAAAGGAAUGAAUGCUGGAGAUUACAACAAACUUUCUCAUUUAACCCUUGAAAUUUUUGCGAGCACAAGAGGUGUGCUUUUAUCUGAUCCUGCCAAAGAUCCAAUAUGUCUUAUUUUUUGGAAGGCUGAACCGGACUCUUUUUCCAUUGAUAUUGGUCUGUCAGCUGAAGGAGUUAUGGCAUUUUCUUUGGAAAAUGAUAGUCAGUUUGCAUCUCGCUUAGAACUAGCGGCGAAACCAACACCAGUGGCAGUAUACAGAUCAGAAGAGGACAUGAUUAGUGGGCUUAUAGAUUUGGUCCUGCUCCUAGAUCCCGAUAUACUGUCGGGAUUCGAGGUUCACUCAAGCGCAUGGGGCUACCUUAUCGAAAGAUGUGAUCUGGCUUACGACCGUGAUUUUUGCGAGGAGAUAUCAAGAGUAAAGCAUAAACCUCAAAACAAAAGAAAAGAUGUUUGGGGAUAUUCCCACGAUUCUGGAAUUCAUAUUGCUGGCAGACAUGUUCUCAAUUUGUGGCGUCUCUUGAAGUCAGGACUAAACCUCCUACAAUACACCGUUGAAAACAUUACAUUCCACGUUCUACAUGAAAGGCUUGCUCAUUUCCCACCGUCUGUUUUAACGAAGCUAUGGGAGUCCAGUUCUGAUAUAACUUCGCUGACUACCCUUAUUUCAUACUGGAAAAAGCGCACGGAUGUUAAUAUCAGGCUGCUGCAGAGUCAGCAAUCUGUCAAUCAGAUUGUUGAACAAGCGCGACUCAUAGGCAUAGAUUUCUAUUCCGUAAUUUCAAGGGGCUCGCAGUAUAAGGUCGAAUCGGUAAUGGUGCGGUUGUGCAAAUCAGAACAUUUUUUGGCUUUGUCGCCGAGCAAGAUGCAGGUCAGGAAACAAAAAGCAUUGGAGUGCAUUCCACUUGUCAUGGAACCAGAAUCUGCAUUUUAUAAAAGCCCUCUAGUGGUAUUAGAUUUUCAAUCGCUGUAUCCAUCAAUAAUGAUAGGUUACAACUAUUGCUACUCCACAAUUUUGGGCAGGGUUCAAGAGCUGAAACUUAGAGGUAGCGAAAUUGGUGCAAGCAGAAUAAAUAUUCCCAAAGGGUUCGUGGAGCAGGUUGAAAACCAUCUCACAAUCUCUCCGAAUGGUACAAUCUUUGUUAAAAGUGACGUAAGAAAGUCGACGCUUGCAAAGAUGCUAACCGAUAUCCUUGACACAAGAUUAUUGGUAAAAAAAACAAUGAGCGAUUUGAAGUCAAAGAAUGAAACUAUAUCGAAGCUUCUCAACAAUAAACAGGUAGCUUUGAAGCUACUUGCCAACGUUACAUACGGUUAUACCUCUGCUUCUUUUUCAGGACGGAUGCCCUGUUCAGAUGUUGCUGACAGUAUUGUUCAAACUGGUAGAGAGACUCUUCAGAAAGCCAUUGCUCUGAUCGAAGCAAAGACAGAGUGGGGUGCAAAAGUUGUUUAUGGCGACACCGAUAGUUUAUUUGUUUAUCUGCCUGGAAAGUCGAGAGAGGAGGCGUUGCUGUACGGCAAAGAAAUGGCUGGGGUCAUCACUGCUUCGAAUCCAUUCCCAGUAACCUUAAAAUUCGAAAAGGUGUAUCAUCCUUGCUUGUUGGUAAGUAAGAAAAGAUAUGUUGGAUAUUCUUAUGAAAAAGAAGAACAGAAAGAGCCUAAGUUCGAUGCCAAGGGUAUUGAAACUGUAAGACGAGACGGACACCCUGCUCAACAGAAAAUUGUCGAAAAGUCCCUGCGUAUAUUGUUCGAGACUAAAGACUUGUCAGCUGUCAAAACUUACAUUCAAAAUCAGUUUCAACUAAUCACGAAAGGCCAGGUUUCAAUUCAAGAUUUCUGUUUCGCUCGUGCAGUAAAACUCGGCUCAUACAAAAGCGAGAAGACAAUGCCACCGGGAGCUGUGGUUGCCACGAAGAAGAAAGAAUUAGACCACAGGGCGGAGCCUCAACACCGUGAACGAGUUCCAUACGUUGUCAUAAAAGGCAAACCUGGUCAAAUUUUGCGCGAACGCUGUAUUCCUCCUGAGGUAUUUCUUUCCAAUGACAGUUUCGAGCUAGAUUCUACUUACUACAUUACGAAAACUCUCAUUCCGCCCUUGCAAAGAUUUUUUAAUCUCAUGGGAGUUGACGUCGCGCAAUGGUACAACGAGAUGCCGCGGAUCCAAGAUCUGAAUUAUCAUCAAGCAAAGGAAGGAAAACUCCCGGAUUUCAUGCGUUCAACAUUGUGUUUCAAUUGCAAAAAAGAGAUAAGAGAGCGAACGGAAAGUGUUUUGUGUGCAGAGUGCUUGAGUCAAAAGUCUGCAACGGCAGCAGAGUUGCUAACGGAAGACAUGGAAGUAAAAAAGCACCUCAAAGAUGUCCUGGCGGUGUGUAGAAGCUGUUGUCAGCCUUUGACCAAGAACUCACAGGACGAUAUGUCUAAAGUGGUAACCAAAUGUGACUCUCAAGAUUGCCCCGUUUAUUAUUCGCGGAUCAAGUACAAGGGAUAUACUGACACCUUAAAGGCUCGGCAGAGAAAUGAAAUACUGGAGCAACUGGACUCAUGGUGA